GGCGCAGCGCGGAAGCCAUUUGCAGAUCACUCGGUUUGGCGGCUGGGGCGCCAGACGCUGCACCCCGAACCCCACGCCGUCCUAGCGCUGUCUCUUAGGGCGCACAGGCGGCGGACCGGUCACGGUCACCGAACCUCACCCGCCCCUCGGCAGCGGAGGCGGGACCUACACGGGCCGCCCAAUAGCUUGUAACAGGUAGGAUCCGGCACGCACCUGCAGACCCACAAGUCAAAGUGAAGAUCCUGGAGCCAGUCAAGAACUUCGGAGUGGAAACCCAGCAACACUAUGCUGAGCUUCUCUCCGAGCCCCCAGCAUGGCAUCUGGACAGAGCUCUUCUUUCUGCUUUUGAGUCUUGGCGCUGCCCUCUACUUGGGCUACUACUGGGCAUGUGUGCCCCAGAGACCUCAACUGGUGACUGGAUCCCGGUUUCUGGCCUUCCUGAAACAACACUGCCCAAUCACUGUGGAGACUUUCUACCCAACGCUGUGGUGUUUUGAGGGGCGGCUACAAACCAUCUUCAGAGUCUUACUGCAGCCUCGGCCUCUAGUCUCUUACUGGAGUGAGGUCCUCCAAACCCCAGAUGGAGGACAGCUCCUGCUAGACUGGGCUGGCCAGCAUGACAGCAGUCGAUACCCAGACCCUGCCACCCAGCCCAUUGUAUUACUGCUUCCUGGUAUCAUGGGCAGUAGCCAGGAGACAUACAUCUUGCACCUGGUUGACCAAGCCUUGAGGGACGGCUAUAGGGCUGUUGUUUUCAAUAACCGGGGCUGCCGUGGGGAAGAACUGCUGACCCACAGGGCCUUUUGUGCCAGCAAUACUGAAGAUCUGGAAACAGUCGUGAAUCACAUAAAGCACCGCUACUCCCAAGCUCCACUGCUGGCUGUGGGCAUCUCUCUUGGAGGGAUAUUAGUGCUGAACCACCUGGCACGGAUGGGACAGGCUGCAGGGCUGGUGGCAGCACUGACUCUAUCUGCAUGCUGGGAUUCCUAUGAGACCACCCGCUCCCUGGAGACCCCACUCAACUCACUGCUCUUUAAUCAGCGCCUCACUGCGGGGCUCUGCCAAGUUGUGGACCGAAAUAGAAAGGUGAUGAAAAAGGUGGUUGAUGUAGACUUUGUGCUACAGGCCCGCACAAUCCGCCAAUUUGAUGAGCGCUAUACAGCUGUGGCCUUUGGAUAUAAAGACUGUGUUACCUACUAUCAGGCAGCAAGCCCAAGAACUAAAGUAGAUGCCAUCCAGAUACCUGUGCUCUGCCUCAAUGCAGCUGAUGACCCCUUCUCCCCCGCUAAUGCCCUUCCACUACAGGCUGCCCAACAAUCUCCUCACGUCGCACUGCUCGUCACAGCCCAGGGUGGCCACAUCGGCUUCCUGGAAGGGCUGCUCCCCUGGCAGCACUGCUACAUGAGCCGCCUCUUCCACCAGUAUGCCAGAGCCAUCUUUCAGCACCCUGCAGAGCUGGUCGGGCUCAGGGAGGCAGGAGCUGACAGUAGUGCCAUUUAG